AAAAUUCAACGGUCUGCCAAUUCGCGGUUAUUACGUUUGCGUUCUCUCCUCCUUUCUCGUUACGGACUCGUCGGAGACCGAAUCGCGCCGGACGGUUUGAGUAAUCGGAGCUGAUCGCCGUAGCUCAGAUGGAGAGCUUGAUCUCGCUUGUGAAUAAGAUACAGAGAGCUUGUACGGCUCUGGGAGAUCACGGCGAGGGAAGCUCCCUCCCGACUCUCUGGGACUCCUUGCCUGCCAUUGCCGUCGUCGGUGGUCAGAGUUCUGGAAAGUCUUCAGUGCUAGAGAGCGUUGUGGGGAAAGAUUUUUUGCCUCGUGGAGCAGGGAUUGUUACACGUAGACCUCUUGUCCUGCAGCUUCACAGAAUUGAUGAAGGCAAAGAGUAUGCUGAGUUUAUGCAUCUUCCCAAGAAAAAGUUCACUGAUUUUGGUAUAUUCUUCUUGUCACUAUUGUGGCGUACAGAUUCUUCUCAUCUGGUUUUAUUAUGUUGGAGAUGUUCAUUUCUUCUUUAUUGGUAUGCAGCUGCUGUGAGGAAAGAGAUCUCAGAUGAGACUGAUCGUGAAACUGGUCCCAGCAGCAAAGUUAUAUCCACGGUCCCAAUUCAUCUCAGCAUCUUCUCCCCUAAUGUUGUGAAUUUGACACUGGUUGAUCUUCCUGGUCUUACAAAGGUAGCUGUUGAUGGUCAGCCUGAAAGCAUUGUUCAAGACAUCGAGAACAUGGUCAGAUCAUUUAUUGAGAAGCCCAACUGCAUCAUACUGGCUAUUUCCCCUGCAAAUCAAGAUCUUGCUACGUCUGAUGCCAUUAAGAUCUCUCGUGAAGUUGAUCCAAAAGGAGACAGGACUUUUGGAGUUUUAACAAAAAUUGAUCUCAUGGACCAGGGCACUAAUGCGGUUGACAUACUUGAAGGAAGGGGAUACAAACUAAGGUAUCCUUGGGUGGGUGUUGUGAACCGGUCUCAAGCUGACAUCAAUAAAAGUGUUGAUAUGAUUGCUGCUCGUCGGCGUGAACGUGAUUAUUUUAAGAGCACCCCAGAGUACAGUCAUUUAACUGAAAGAAUGGGUUCAGAGUAUCUAGGAAAGAUGCUCUCCAAGCAUUUGGAAGUUGUUAUCAAGUCUAGAAUUCCAGGACUUCAGGCUCUUAUCACAAAGACUAUCUCCGAGUUAGAGACAGAGCUGAGCCGUCUUGGCAAACCUGUAGCAGCUGAUGCUGGUGGAAAACUGUAUAUGAUCAUGGAGAUUUGCCGUGCUUUUGAUCAAACCUUCAAAGAACACCUUGACGGCACACGAUCAGGUGGUGAAAAGGUAAACUCUGUGUUCGACAAUCAAUUCCCAGCUGCCAUUAAAAGACUGCAGUUCGACAAGCAUCUCUCCAUGGACAAUGUGCGUAAACUGAUUACCGAAGCAGAUGGAUAUCAACCGCAUCUCAUAGCUCCUGAACAAGGUUACCGUCGUCUAAUAGAAUCAUGCUUAGUCUCCAUUAGAGGCCCAGCUGAAGCAGCUGUUGACGCGGUUCAUUCCAUUCUCAAGGAUCUCAUCCACAAAUCCAUCGGCGAAACAUCUGAACUGAAGCAAUAUCCAACACUGAGAGUGGAAGUAUCAGGCGCAGCGGUGGAUUCACUUGAUCGAAUGAGAGACGAGAGCAGGAAAGCAACUCUGCUUCUAGUGGACAUGGAGUCUGGUUACUUAACAGUCGAGUUCUUCAGGAAACUCCCACAAGAUUCUGAGAAAGGAGGGAAUCCAACACAUUCGAUAUUCGACAGGUACAACGAUGCUUAUCUCAGAAGAAUCGGUUCCAAUGUUCUGUCUUACGUGAACAUGGUCUGCGCUGGAUUGAGAAACUCGAUCCCAAAAUCCAUCGUUUAUUGUCAAGUCCGUGAAGCGAAACGAAGCCUUCUUGAUAUCUUCUUCACUGAGCUUGGCCAGAAAGAGAUGAGUAAGCUGUCGAAGUUGUUGGAUGAGGAUCCUGCGGUUCAGCAGAGAAGGACUUCGAUUGCAAAGAGGCUUGAACUUUAUCGAAGUGCUCAGACAGAUAUUGAAGCAGUUGCUUGGUCUAAGUAGAGAGAGUGUUUCUUUAUAUGACACGUUCUUUUCUCUCCCUUUUCUCAUUGUUUUCUUUUAUUCGUUGUUCGAGUUAACAUUGUUUUUGAAUAAGUUUUGUAAGACAAUAGACAAGUUUCUUUUUGGAGCAUGAAGAUGGUUUAUCAGAUUAAUAAAAAUUAGGGGAUUCACGGACAA